CUAGUCUCACAGUCAUUUAACUUCUUUUCUUUCUCUUUAUUCCUCUCUUUCUCUCUCUAAAUGACUAUUCCCGUUUACUGUGGAAAACCAGACCGCAACUCCGGCAUGCUUUCACCCACCGGCGGCAAAGUCAAUAUGCGAGAUCGGUGGUUCUUGGUUAUGGGAAAGCUUUUAAAGCAUAUUUAUGUUGUUGCCAAGUGUCUGCAAAUUGCGAUGGAAGGUUUUACAGGGAAGUUUGGACAAUGAGGUUUGGAGAAGAGGGGGAUAUAAGGAAAAUCGCCAAUUUGCAUGCAAUUUAAGAUUGGAGCAAACCAGAGAUUUUGAGUACACUAUAUCAUUGCAUCAAUAGGAGAACAGUACAAGAGACAAAAAAGAAAGGUCUUGUGAAGAACCCCGGAGUCUGGAGAUGGACUUUGGUAGGGGUCUUUCAAUUCCUGAAGAGAAAAUGAAAGAUUUCCAGAUUCAAGGAUCUUGGAAUCCAGCGACACAAUCGGAGCCCAUUCCGACUAGAUUGCAGUCGAUCCCGGCGGAGAGGCAAGGGAGUCAGAUGAGCAGUACGAAUUGGCAGGAAUCAAUGAGGUACCCUGCUGGGUUCUGUCCAGAGACUCCCUCUGCAAAUGGGGCUGCUGCAUGCGUUGAUACCAUGGCGUCUCACGGUCAGAACAGGAGGCUUUAUAAUUGGUACUCGACGGCGGACUUGGCCGGAGGUAGCAGAGGUGGCUCUGGGGCACUUGUGGAAUCCCAUACCGAGGCUAUGAGGAACGUAACAGCUGGGCCGAACUUUCCUUUUCUGGACCUCUUGAACAUGACGAGUAGGACUCCUGCGGCCUCUUCCAGUGCCAGUGCCAGUGCCAAUCCGCAAGGCAGUAACCUUUUCUUCCCCGUCUCGUAUUCUGCGAGCAAUUAUAACCAGAGACAACCCAUCUCCGCCGGUAUGUUGCUUGCCAACCAAGAUCGCUCACUCAACUACGAAUCCUGGAAUAAGGGCAACAGCCAAUCUCAACCUCUGAAUGGAUUUCCAGUUCAUCGUCGAAGUUACGAUCUUAAUUCACUGCCCAAAACAAUCGCUGAUGGUGUUUCGAAUGGGGCUACGUCCAUACAGUUUGCACCAGUAACACCAGAUAAGAAGCAGAUAAUUCAGGACCAGACGCGUUCUGGAAGAGCAGAUUUAUCUGUAGGUGAAAAAUCAUAUAAGGAACAGGAUAAGCAAGAGGUUUUCGUUACUCCCAACAGGAAUGAAGCAAUCGAGCUCAACAGUGGGGGUUGCUCAAUGCCCAUGAGUUGCAUGAGUGAGGUGGUUGAGCUUCAAAGUGAACUCUCACAUCCCCUGGUGGGCACAUCUUCUGUUGCCGUUUCAACCACAUUAAAGGAAAACCAUGACCUUGGAAAUGUAGGGGACAACGGCUUUGAUCUGAACAAGACACCACUGCAAAAGCCUAAAAGGAAGAAGCACAGGCCCAAAGUCGUCGUGGAAGGCAAACGCAAAAGGACUCCAAAGCAGGCAAGUGACAAACAGAACCCAACAGUGAAGAGGAAGUAUGUGAGGAAGAAAGCCCUCAAAACCUCAGAAACUCCGCCAGCAGAGGCUGUAGGGGAGGCAAUAGAACUAUCACCCAGUUUGACUGUGAAAUCAUGCAGGCGGGUGCUGAAUUUUGACUUGGAAGAUCAAGGAAGAGAUGAAGACCCCUGCAAAUCACUCAAUAAUCAGGAGGGGCUUCUGCUCAACAGUGUUGAAAGCUCUUCUUCAAGGUGGAUGUUUAAUACGAAUUCAGAAUCUCAGGCCCAGGACUUGAGCAAAGCAAUUGAUGGUGGCUCUGGAACCAAAUCAAAUGUGCAGCUUGACCAAGCCGUUGAAGUUAUAGCAGAAAACUCCUCAGGUAGGAUUGAAUAUGACCGUAACUGUUCCUUGAACCAGGUGGUCAAAAAUUACAUUUCCUUGCCUGAAACAACAGCCCCAGCUCCACAACCCACAAUGAGAGACCCACCAAAAGAAAGUUCAAACUGCCUCCCAACUAACAGAAAUGAAAUGGAGAAACCAUGUUCCAGCCUCAGCAAUGGAAAAAACAGUCAUCCUCUCAUCCAACAACAUGCUCAAGUAGAGGAAAUCAGUCGCAUGGUCUUCCAAACAGGAGCUACACUUGACAAAAAUGAAAAACCUGGACAACCAUUAUCGCAGUGUGGCUCACAAUCUCUGUCAAAACGUCAAAAUGAUCCCUAUAGCAAUCUCCAUGUACCAUUUGUUGAGACAGAACAAGCAAGGGGAUCAAAGAGAGAAUAUUUUCAUACAAUUGACAAGACAGAUGCACAGACCAUAUGUAUGAGGCGAGUCCAACAAAAUUCUUUGCAGGCUUACCAGGAGAUAUUUCAAGCGAGUGGUUACCACAGAAACAAUCCUGGCCAAUGUUUUCCAGAAAUUUGCAAGAAAAGGAGAACUGAGAAUGCUCAAUAUACCACCACUCCUAGCAGUUCAUCUUCUACAGCAGCAGAUAGAAUCAGCUGGGGACAAGCAUUGCAGGGUCACCAUGGAACUGCAGAAAUAGAGUUCAAUGAUAAGCUUGGCACAACAGGACCAAAGAAUGGAAUCAGUAAAUCUGUACGAGAUGUGUAUGCUCACUCUAUGGUGACAGAGAAUUGCCCAGUUCAAAAUAGUAGUAUAGAUCAGUUUUCACUUAGCAAAGCAGUGUUUGCUGACCUGCAAACUUCUGGAUUUAUGCUCAACUUUGGUCCCACAGAAAGGAUGACAAAGAAGAGAUCCAAGGGAUCUACACGGGUGCGGGACUUGGCCUCCCUUACUUCAAUUCCGCAGUGUACCCAAUUGCAAUCAACCCCUCAGAAAACAGCACCAACAUCGGAUGAUAGGCAAGGAACUGAAACUGUUCGGAGUCCACAAGCUUGUCUAGAAGCCCUUGUUGCAGAAAACUAUGCAAAGAAAAAGAGGACAAGAAAAGCAACCCUGCCUGUCAAUUCGGUCUACUCCAGCAUGAACCAAGUGCAUCUGCAAGAGAACAAGACUGCUAUGUAUGAUCAAAACCAGCGCUCAGCCACAUCAAUACCCAUAGAUGAAAUUGUUCACAGAUUGAAGCAUCUAAACAUCAAUGGAGAAACCAACAGAUUCCCAGGCCCAGAGCAAAAUGCAUUGGUUCCUUACAAUGGCAACACCACAAUGGUUCCUUAUGAGGGGUUGUUUGAUCCUACAAGAAAACGACGGCCACGACCCAAAGUUGACCUUGACCCAGAGACAAAUAGAGUUUGGAAGCUUCUGAUGGGGAAGGAAGCCAGCGAAGAGAUGGAACAGAUGGACAAGGACAAGGACAAAGAGAAAUGGUGGGAAGAAGAAAGGAGAGUAUUCCGCGGACGGGCAGACUCAUUCAUUGCCCGCAUGCAUCUUGUCCAAGGUGAUAGGCGCUUCUCCCAGUGGAAAGGAUCAGUAGUGGACUCAGUCGUUGGGGUCUUUCUUACUCAGAAUGUAUCUGAUCAUCUUUCCAGCUCGGCCUUCAUGUCCCUUGCUGCAAGAUUUCCACUGCAGUCAAAGAGCAAUGACGGAGCAUGCUGUAAAGAAGGAAUAAAUACAUUACUUAAAGAGUCAGAGGUGUGCAUUCCAGAAACGGUAGACACCAUCAAAUGGCAUGAAAAAAUGCCAAGUCAGCUUGUCUGUGAUCAGAGCUCAAUGACGUUCCAUGAAGCUGGACAGAUUGAAGAACGAGAGGUAGACAACAGCAAUGAAUCCUUUGGGAGCAAUACGGCAGAUGGAAGCUCCACUGACAAUUCAAGAGGCAAGCAGUCACCUGUUUGCAGGAGCAGUCUAGAGAUGUCCCAUGAUUUGCUGCUGAAAAGAACGGAAAGUGUGACCACUAACAGAGGAGUCGCGAAUUUUACAGGAGGAGAGGAUAGAAGAGCACUUGAAGAUGCACUUUCCUCACAAAACUCCACAGAGUCAUCUACUUUCCAGAUCACUGAAAGGAAUGGAUCAUGCUCAGACUCCAACUCAGAAGCUGAAGAUCUGGUAACACACAGUCCAUCUAAACCAUCACCAGAUUGUUUUGGUGACUGCACUUUUACGGAGCUACUACAGAUGGAAGGAAGCGCCAUGUUCCAAGAGUAUUACGGAGGUGGGAGUUCUUUAUUUAACCUUAGCACCAAGGGUGAGCAGAACCAAUCAAAAGGUAUGGACUCAGAAAAUCACAGAUCAAGCAUGGGCAGGAUAGACUGCUUAAAAGAUUUAUCUGCACCCAUCUACCCUUCCAAAUCAUACCAGCCCCAAACACAAGUUCCUAUCAUCAAUUCCAGUACAUGCAGUUUGCACGUGACCCAAGACUCAGGAAUUCUGGAAGUCCAGUGCCCAGAUACGUUAGGAGAAGAAAGCAAAUCUCCCUUGCCGUCACUUGCUUCAGAAAUCGGUCAAGUCACCGAGACAACACAUGCCAAUUCCACUAGAAAACAAAAUGCAGUAGUGCCACAGACUGUAAGUGAAACUACAGUUCAGAAAGUACCAUCAAGUGCUCAAGCAGAACAACCAACUGGUCUGUAUGGAUCUUUAAACAAGCAUCAGACCCAGACAUUGGUUGAAAAGCAAAAGAGUGGAAUGAACCAAGUAUCAAGUUCCCCAGUAUAUUCAGAUGUUUUAGAUGUGGAAAGGGGAUGUUUAGCAGAUCAAGAAAAAUCCAUAGAGAAUAAGGUGAUUCAAUCAAACUUUAAAGAGCAAGUUUACAACUCAGCCACUGGCAGUACAAAGAAUUUGAAAGCAAAAAAGAACGAGGCAGGGAAAAAGAAGGAAUUUGAUUGGGAUAGUUUAAGAAAGCAAGCUUAUGCAAAGGUUGGGAAAAGAGAAAAAAGUAGCAAUACAAUGGACUCACUGGAUUGGGAAGCAGUGAGAUGUGCAGAUGUUAAUGAGAUUGCCAAAGCCAUCAAAGAAAGAGGAAUGAACAACAUGCUUGCCGAGAGAAUCAAGGAUUUCCUCAACCGACUGGUUAGGGAACAUGAAGGCAUUGAUCUUGAAUGGUUAAGGGAUGUUCCACCUGACCAAACAAAGGAGUUCCUGCUGAGCAUAAGGGGAUUGGGUCUGAAAAGUGUGGAGUGUGUACGGCUUUUGACACUUCAUCAUCUUGCUUUUCCAGUUGACACAAAUGUCGGACGCAUAGCUGUGAGGCUGGGAUGGGUGCCACUACAACCACUGCCCGAGUCACUACAAUUGCAUCUUUUAGAAAUGUACCCAAUGCUGGAGUCAAUUCAGAAAUAUCUUUGGCCGCGGCUCUGCACACUAGAUCAACGGACACUAUAUGAAUUGCAUUAUCAGAUGAUUACAUUUGGAAAGGUUUUCUGUACAAAGAGCAAGCCUAAUUGUAAUGCAUGUCCAAUGAGAGGAGAGUGCAAACACUUUGCCAGUGCUUUUGCAAGUGCAAGGUUUGCCCUGCCAGCUCCAGAGGAGAAGGGUAUGGUAAGUUCAACUGUACCAGUUGCAGCCGAGCACAACCCAACUUUGGGUAUCAACAACCUAACAAUGGGCAUCAACCCAAUGCCACUGCCUCUGCCUGAGGCUGGGGCAAACCCACUUACAGUGGCAGCACCAGAAUACAGGAAAGAAAACAAAAACUGCGAACCUAUUGUUGAAGUCCCAGCAACACCAGAGCCUGAAUAUACAGAGAUAUCACAAAGUGAUAUUGAAGAUUUUCUUGACGAGGAUCCUGAUGAAAUCCCAACAAUCAAACUUAACAUUGAAGAGUUCACGAUGAACUUACAGAAUUAUAUGCAAGAGUAUAGCAUGGAACUUCAAGAGGGAGACAUGUCUAAGGCUUUAGUUGCUUUGACUCCGGAAACUGCUUCUAUCCCUGUGCCCAAGCUGAAGAAUGUAAGCAGGUUACGCACAGAGCACGAAGUUUACGAGCUACCUGAUUCACACCAUCUUCUGAAAGGGAUGGACAAGCGAGAACCAGAUGAUCCAUGCUCAUACCUACUCGCUAUAUGGACUCCAGGUGAAACUGCAGAAUCAAUCGAACCACCAAGAAGCAGUUGUAGUUCUCAAGAAUCAGGCGAACUAUGCAGUGAGAAGACAUGCUUUUCAUGCAACAGUAUACGAGAAGCAAAUUCCCAAACAGUCCGAGGGACUCUUUUGAUACCGUGCCGAACAGCAAUGAGGGGUAGCUUCCCACUCAAUGGUACAUAUUUUCAGGUCAAUGAGGUAUUUGCAGACCAUGAUUCUAGUGUCAAACCAAUUGAUGUUCCAAGGGCAUGGCUAUGGAAUCUACCAAGACGGACUGUUUACUUUGGUACAUCCAUACCAACAAUAUUUAAAGGUCUAACAACAGAAGGAAUUCAACACUGCUUCUGGAGAGGAUUUGUUUGUGUGAGGGGAUUUGACCAGAAAACUAGAGCGCCACGCCCACUAAUGGCCAGACUGCAUUUUCCAGCAAGCAAGUUGACUAGGGCAAAGACACAAUGAAAGAAGAGUAGGCCAUAAGCAGAGUAUACAGCCAAUACAAAAUCCUAACAAGGAUCUGUCCAUUUGAAGAGCAGAUCGCUGACCAACCUAUUGCUGUACAUCUAAUGGCACCUCCUUUAACAUGAGGGCAUUCACCAGCUGCGACUAAUGCAAGUCAGUUGGAAAGAAAAGGUUGAAAGGCCAAAUUAAAUUUGUAAAAUCCCAUGACAAUUGGGCCUGUAGUUUGUACAUGAUUAAAGUUAUGAUGAUUAUUUUAUUUCAUGCUCGAAAUCGGGCCAUUCUUCUGAAAGCAACCAAUGUCAACAAAAAUAAAGUCCAAUAUAUAUUUUCAACUUGUUCCA